UCACGUCUGCAUUUAAAAUAUGGAACUUGAUUUGAAUUCCAGUGUUUUAAUUGCUUAAUUAAAGAUGAUUUGUUCCCAUUCUCAUUUUUUUUUCAAUGAAAGUGCACCAACAGAGGAUUGCGAAUUAUUGUCUUAGAAAUAUAAGAACACAAUCUACAGAGCUGAUUAAGACUACCUCUUUUUUAAAACGAUGAAUGAAGAUUAUUUAUCAGCCGACCAGUUUCGCGAGAAACUUUAUUACUUGUUUAAGAAAAAAGGAGUUAUUGAUUAUUUAAAGACCCAGAUGCGACAUCUUCUUGUGGAAGAACUUCAAAAAUGUGUUCCAGGUAACCUCUUAGAGAAACCUAUUUCCUCUGCUGAUGGAUCCCAAUCAAUUCUAUUAAGAGCCAGUAACAGUCUUGUAGCAGACCAUCUUCAAAAAUGUCAGUAUGAAUACAGCUUGAGUGUAUUUAUGCCAGAAAGUGGAAUAGCACAAGAUAAAAUGUUAUCAAACCAGGAACUGCUGCGGUUACUCCACAUAAAUCCACAUUCAGAUCUUUACAAAAUAUUACUAUCAAAUACGGAAAAUGAUUCAAAAAACGGAUUUCUUUUGGAAUUACUGAGCGUGAUAACAUCGGUUUUCCAGCAAGUAUCAAAUGAUGUUGGAAUACAAACAGAAUUUUCUGCACAGUACCCCAUCUCAUCUUUAGAUGCAAAAUUAAACGGGGUUGAAAAAAUAUAUAUGGACAAGAAAGAGGAACAUUAUCAAAAGGCAAUUUUUGGAGUGGAAGAAAAACUCUCAUCGCUUCAAAAGAAACUUGAAGAAAGAUAUCAAACAGAAUUGCAAUUGGAGCUGUCAAGAAUGAAAGACAAUGAUUUGGCAAAAUUAAGGCUUGCGGAAAAAGAAGCCUCCAGAAAAGAACUGGAAAAAGUUCGGCAAGAGCUGGAAAAGAACUAUCAAUUUAAAAUGAAUGCUUUAAUGGAGAAGGAAAGGAAUUCCACAGAGAGACUCCGGAAAGAGGAAGAGGUACACCAGAAAGACACUUAUCAGCAAAGGCAGGCUUUACUGGAAGAAGUCAAUAAAUUACGCCAGAAGGAAUCUGAACUUACGAAGAUGAUGGAAAUGGUAAAGAGGGAAAAAACCUUGGAUCAGGAAAGACUGAAGUGUCAAGAAGAAAUAUUGAAGCAAAAACUGAAUGAAGCUAAUCGCAUCGAAGCUGAUUACCAACAAAGAAUUGAGAAUGAAGUUUUCAAAAUGAAGAUUGACUUACAAAACAAAUUCUUGGAGAGGUCUCAAAAUAUGGAUUCUAGAGAGGCUCAGAUUAAAGUGCAUGAAUUAAGGAGCAAAGAAGAAAGAGAAAAGUUUCAAUUACUGAAGGAAGAUAAUGACAGAAAAUACAACAGGGUUAAUGAGUUGGAGACUGCAAUUCAAGAGGCUCGGCACAAAGAAAUAACAGCAACCAAACAUAACGAUUUCUUGAAUGCAAAACUUCGUGAUAUGAUUGAUUACAGUACAAUCAAAGAACAAAAUGCUGUCCUGAAAAAUGAACUUGAAACUGAGAAACUGCUCCAUGCUGAAACUAUCCGGAAAAAAGAGGAACUACAAGCACGCCAAGAAGAAAUGGCUAAGGAUAUUUACAAAUUGAAUCAAGAAAUAAUGAUUGCAAAACAGAACUCAGAAAGAUGUCGAUUCGAUGUAAAACAAGAAAAAGUUGUAUAUGAAGAAUUUAAAGAAAAACUAGACAGCAGGCUUCAGGAGGAGAUGAAUAAAAACAAAGAAUUAUUUCUAAAAACCACAAGUCAAUCUCAACAGAUCAAAGAUCUCAAUUUAAAGAAUUCUGAACUACAGACAAAUUUGAUGCUAGCAGAAAAAGGGAAAGGUUGA